AAGAAUAAUUUCAUAAUGAAGUUGGCAAGUGUGCUAACCGAAGGCGAAUAUCGUUUGUUUCAAUGGAUAGUGUUUCUUGGAGGAUCGUUCUACGGAGGCUGGCUACUUUAUUCUGACCAUAAGAACAGCGCAGUUUAUGCUGCUAAGGAAGAAGAAUUUAUAGCACAAGAAAAGAAGAAACAAAGACCUAUGACUGAAGAGUAUUGGAGGGAGUUGCAAGAAAUCAAGCCUAGAAACUUGGAAGAAUUGUACAAGAUGAAAGAAGAAAAAGCACGGCAGAGAGCAGAGAAAUUCCAAAAGUGGAAAGAAAAGCUUUUGGGUUUAUUUGGUUUGAAUAGGAAUUCUCGUUCGAGUGAGGAAGACAGUUGCUAGACUGAAACUUUUUGUGGGAUCUUCCAAGUUAACUUCUAAGUUUCUAUUAUUAUCGUCUCACUUUUCCAAACGGUUUAUUUAAAAGUUUUCUCUUAUAGAAAGAAUACACUAUCGAGUCUGCAAGUUGGAUCCUAUAGAUAGCACUGUUAAUAAUAAAUAAGGCGUGCUUGUAAUUUACUCCAAAUUCGGUUCUCUCUUUUUAUGUGGUCAUUCAGAUAGUAAGUGUAUGAUUUCCUCAUUAGAGCGUCCAGAAUAGUUAACCUGAGUUUUCAUGGAUUUAUCUGUCAAAUCUAACGCUGAGUUCAGUGGCCAAGAGUCACUAUUUGCUCCAGUUGUCUUUCUUUUCUUGCAACAGCUUUGUUCUGUGCCAAGCAUGACGUCACCAUCUUCGCAUAACUUGCGUUGCUGUGAAAUGAUUACCUCUCUAUCAAUAGGUUCAAGUACCUGAACUAGAUAUCUUUGGAACUAAUCAAUGACCACUACAUUAUUGCUUUCAACGAUACUUACUGUUCAACUUCGAGAGUUUCUCCUGGAACUAGUGACUUUGAAUGCAAAGUGGUCGUUAAAAUUAAAAGACCAUCCUCGUCAAAAAGUUUUACUCUGCUCUUCGAGACGGCUGUUCCUUCUUUGUAUUCCGCAUGUAGACUACCAUCCUUCCAUUUCUUAUGUUUUUGUGUUUUUUGCUUGGU